ACUACGUGAUUCCUAUCAAAAUAACGUAAAUCGCACUAAUCGAGGUUAUCGACAAUCUAUAGUCUGUUAUAACUGUCAACAGAAUGGACAUAUCACUCAAGAUUGUCCAAAUCGGAGUAAUUUUAUUUAA